AUGAAGACGCUCUCAGCGGGAAAUGAAGUCCCCGAUGACUUGGACUAUACGGAUCCUACGCGCAAGUACAAAAAUCUUGAGUUCCUGGAGCACCGCAACAUGUGGUUCUUCGCCAGGCAUUUCGAUGGACCUGACAGAGAGCUCUGCUGGAGCUGCGGAUGGAACACGCGUAACCAGAAGUAUUCCUUUUACGGCUCCCGGGUCAGGGUGAUGCACACUCGGGCCAACACUGGCAUCUGGGCACUUGGGACGCGAUGGAUACUCCGGGACGAACCAAACGACCGCUACCUUGGGAACAACUACAUGACGCUCAAGUUCCUCCACGAGCAGCCGGGUUCGAAGGACAGCAUUCCCACCCCGCAAGAAGUCCGUAGCUUGAGCAAGCCAGGGGACCCCAUCUAUCUCACCCUGGAGUCCCGGGUCCCAGGCGACACGCUCAUGGAAGUCUGGCCCAGCCUGUCCCGGGAGGAGAAGGCCAGCUACAGCCGGCAGCUCACCGACAUCCUCAGGAAAAUGCGACAGUUCACGGCGCCCCGACCGCAGAGGGUCGACGGCAGUCAGCUCAACGACAAUAUUCUCGGCGUGUGCUUGAUGUCGCGGCCCGGGAACUGCUUCAAGAUCCCGUACUCGGUCGACGAAUGGCUGGACGGCCUGGGCCCAGACCUCCGCAUAGGACUGACGAGGGUGCACAACACUCUGGACCCGGCCGUGAUUGAGGAGAAAUUCCAAGCGCUCAAGGCGGGUUUCCCGAGCUGCGAGCCGUACGUCUUCACCCACGGGGACCUGAAUCUCUCCAACAUCAUCGUCAAGGACGGCAAGAUCCAGGGCAUUGUCGACUGGGAACACGCCGGGUACUAUCCCUGGUGGGCGGAGCGGCGUGCCACCGACAGGAUUCCGAACGACGAUGCGUACGAGUUGUUUGACCCGGUGUGGGAGGAGCUUAUGCCAGACAUUGACAGGAAGAAGUGGGUCGAGCUCGUAUAUCACAAGUUGUUCCCGGCAGAACAGGCCUGGGGCCAUUGCGACCAUGGCCAUCCGGGCGUCGACACCGUCUGGUGGAGACCGUCUUUCUGCGAAUGCCAUCCCGUCCAAGGGGAAUUUAGAGCUCAUCAUUGGGGAAUGCCGCUUUCUUGUGAAGUAAACCAGUUGAAUGCAGGGCAACAGGCUCUUCUGGACAGGUACCGGAGAAAAGACCCGUGGGCCCAGGAGCAUGAUGAAAAAGAUGCACGCACGCUGCCGGCUGGUGAGGGCGACGAUUCAAAGUGA